CAGUGGAAAUCCGCACCGGGGAGCUGCUGAGGGGCGCCGUUGUCAUGUGAAAGCGCACAUGCUCUGCCAUCCACGCGGCACCCCCCUCUCUUCUGCCUCCGCGUGUUUUUCCUGUUUUUUUCUAACGUAACUCCUUUUCUCCUCCUCCGCCCCUGCUCAGCUCCUCGCCGCCGCUCGGCCGCCAGGCGCCCCCGCAGAGGCUGAGCCGCGGGCAGUCGCGGGGCGGCCGCCCCGGAGCAGCGCGCCCGGCGGCGGGGAGCCCGCGGAGCCGCGCCCCGCGGAGCCGCCCCGGAGGUAUGGUUUUCCCGGCGGAGCGGAGCUGCGGCCGCUGCCACCUUCGCGGGUGUUGAGACGGGAUUUGUGCGGUGCGGUUCCUGGGCUCCGAGCUUCAUGACUGCGCGGAGCGGGGAACCAACACCAUGCGAGCACAAAUUGAAGUGAUACCAUGCAAAAUUUGUGGUGAUAAAUCCUCUGGAAUACACUAUGGAGUCAUCACAUGUGAAGGCUGCAAGGGAUUCUUUCGGAGGAGUCAGCAGAACAAUGCAUCCUAUUCCUGUCCAAGACAGAGAAACUGUUUAAUUGACAGAACCAACAGAAAUCGCUGCCAGCACUGCCGACUGCAGAAAUGUCUUGCCCUGGGAAUGUCUCGAGAUGCUGUGAAAUUUGGAAGAAUGUCCAAAAAGCAGCGGGAUAGCUUGUAUGCUGAAGUGCAGAAGCACCAGCAGCGCCUGCAGGAGCAGCGGCAGCAGCAGAGUGGUGAGGCAGAAGCUCUGGCCAGGGUUUACAGCAGCAGCAUCAGCAAUGGCUUGAACAAUCUGAACAGCGAGACUGGCAGCACCUACGCCAACGGGCACGUCAUCGACCUGCCCAAGUCUGAGGGCUAUUACAGCGUGGAUUCUGCCCAGCCCUCCCCAGACCAGUCUGGGUUAGACAUGACUGGAAUCAAACAGAUAAAGCAGGAACCUAUCUAUGACCUCACCUCUGUACCAAACUUGUUUACCUAUAGUUCUUUCAACAGCGGGCAAUUAGCUCCAGGGAUAUCCAUGAGCGAAAUCGAUCGAAUUGCACAGAAUAUCAUUAAGUCUCAUUUGGAGACAUGUCAAUAUACAAUGGAGGAAUUACAUCAGCUAGCGUGGCAGACCCACACAUAUGAAGAAAUAAAGGUUUACCAGAGCAAGACGAGAGAAGCUCUGUGGCAGCAGUGUGCCAUUCAGAUCACCCAUGCUAUCCAGUAUGUGGUGGAGUUUGCAAAGCGCAUAACAGGCUUCAUGGAGCUCUGCCAGAAUGACCAAAUUCUCCUUCUUAAGUCAGGCUGCUUGGAAGUGGUUUUGGUGAGAAUGUGCCGUGCCUUCAACCCACUUAACAAUACUGUUCUGUUUGAAGGAAAGUAUGGAGGGAUGCAAAUGUUUAAAGCUUUGGGUUCUGAUGAUCUGGUAAAUGAAGCAUUUGACUUUGCAAAGAAUUUAUGUUCCUUACAGCUGACUGAGGAGGAGAUUGCCUUGUUUUCAUCUGCUGUUCUGAUAUCACCAGAUCGAGCCUGGUUAAUAGAGCCAAGGAAGGUCCAGAAGCUUCAGGAAAAGAUUUACUUUGCACUUCAACAUGUUAUUCAGAAGAACCACCUCGAUGAGGAGACAUUGACAAAGUUAAUAGCCAAGAUACCAACUAUUACUGCACUUUGCAACUUGCACGGAGAGAAACUGCAGGUAUUUAAGCAAUCUCAUCCAGACAUAGUGAACACACUGUUUCCUCCAUUAUACAAGGAGCUUUUCAAUCCAGACUCAACCACUGGCUGCAAGUGAAGGGGAUAAUAGAAUUUUCACGUAGUCAUGGAAUGCAUCACUAGUAAGACAAAGAGAAAUGUUUUCAUGAAGAAAUUAUUAAAAAUGUCACUACUGCAACACUAGGAAUGUCCUGCACUUAAUAGAAUUAUUUUUCACCGCUACAGUUUGAAGAAUGUAAAUAUGCAACUCUGAGUGGGGAUGUCUUUUUUCUCUUUUGUUUACUUUUCGUUUUUGAUUUUUUUUUUUAAUUUUUGAACUGACAAUGAAUAUACAAAUGUAGGACACUGGGUGUUACCUUUUUUUUUAAUUUGCUUUUAUUGGGGGAUGUUUUGGGAGACAACUGUUCCUAGAAUUUUAUUGUAGAUAUACAUGAUAAUAGAGCAGUACUUUGCAGUAUUACUCUUGCUGUUUAUUGUUAAAAUAUAAUUUAAGAAAAUUCCACUUAUUAGACUGCCUAGUUCUAUGUUUUUAGAUAGUUUAAUGCAUGUGGAAAUCUGUAGCUGUCUUGGAAGUUAUGGUGCAUAUAUGGAAGACACACACACACAUAUAUAUAUACAUAUAUAUGUGUAUGUACGUACAUACGUGUGUAUGCAUUAUAUGCAUACAUGCUGUAACUUAAAAUCACAUGCCUACAUUUAAAGGAUGCUCAACCCAGCUCUCAUGUAUUUCCCAUUCUCCAAGUAAUGUAUUAGAUUUACUUUGGGCAAUCAAGAUUUGCUUUGCCAGAGUUAAAUUGUCAGCUGCCAAUCUGUAAUGCCAGGAUUACUUCUGAGAUGUGCAUAAUGUAGUGCAUGCGUGCUGUGUGUAAAUCAAACAUCAGGAAUGUAUCAAUGGUGCAAAAGCCUUGUCUGGAUGGGUUUACUGAAAGGAGGAAUAGGAUUGGGGUUUUUUUCAUUUUCUCACUGUUACAGGAGUAUAACAUAUAUAAAAGUGAACGUAGUAGGACCUGAUCUCAGUAAAGUAUCUCAAACACGGAGUAAAAAUGUAGACAAUCCCAUAUGUACAUUUUUGUGAUUUCACAUAGGAUUUUGUUUUAUAUAUACUGGUUUGAAAAGUAGUUUCAAGUCUUGGUUUGUUUUUUGCUGAACUCAUUAGAAAGAUAGGUAGUAAGCUCAGUGAAAACCAUGGAAAGCCUAAAAUGUAUCUCUGAAGGAAAGGAGGGAAGGAGGAAGAAAGUCAAAAGUGAGUGAAGUCCAUGGUUACUACAAACAACAGUGUAAUUGCCACUGUUUCUGACAGUCAUCAUCUAGAUGGGACUGAUGGUUUCCAUUACACUCAUACAUCUGUGUAUGUUUUAAACACGUGCAUAUAUGUAUGUUUAUAUCUGUAUGUAUAUAACUGUAUAUAUGCAUAUAUAGGAUUUAUUUUAAAUGCAUUUCAGGAGCAGAGCAAAGGGCUGGAGCUUUCAUGUUGUCUGUCUCUGAACUGUCUGUACAUGCAUUUGCUUGCAAAACCAAAGGCAAACACAGAGGGGAGUGGAAGGCAGCCAUGGAAUUAAUCUUGUGGAUUAAUUAAGUUUAAUCAGCAGUCAUUAUUAAUGUAUCUGCAUUCUGCCAGUAGUACAAAACACAGAUGGUUUAGCUUUGAAAGAGGGAUUCGGUUUCUGCUACAUCUCUCUUUACCACCUUUUUUACCAUUGUGAACUUUUUCAGAGCAGUCUCCUCUGGGAUACCAGCAGGGGGCAUAGAGCAGAAAUGAGAAGGAGCAGGCAGUAGAGAGGAAAGGAAGUGAAGGCAGGAUCACAAGCAGAUGUUCUUUAUUUCAAACCAUGCAGAAGCCAGUGCAAGGCAAGGGGAAGCACACAGGACCUGCCCGUUUGCCAGGCUCAUGGAGGGGCAGUGUCACAGGGAGCCCACAGGUGGCCCCUGGGGUGGGUGAAGAAAAUAGGGUCUGUUGCAGUGAUAAUGCCUCAGGCAGCUCUGGUCUCAGGCUUCUCUCUUCUGCAUGAGCAGAUAAUUCACAGGCUAUUUCAAGUACUUUGAGGAGCUCUCCCUUGCCUUCCAUCAGUCAGUUUGCAAGUUUGCAUAUGUAUUUUGUGGCAGAAUCAAGUCUUGAGAAUAUCGCAAUUUAUUUGUUCUGGUUUAACAGUGCCAGAACGGUACAAGAGUAGUUACAAACUCUCAGCUAAUAAAUGUUUCUGUGCAGGUCCAUUACAACUUAGAAAAAAAAAAUCUGUCCAGCAAAUUUAGUUGUGAGAACUUUGUUGCAAAUAUGACAUACUCUUCAAAAUUUCUUAAUGCUACAUAGAACAGCAGUUACUAAAGUUACCUUUUUUACUCCAAAUUCAGAACACUAGAAUUUCUCUAGUGAGUACCUUGAAAUGUCUUAGAUCAAAAUAAUAAAGCAUUUCUCUUGAUGCUUCUUUAUACACUCUAACAGUAAGACUGACAUUCCUUUACAAGGUGAUUUACCUGUUUGCAGCCCUUUUUAUAUGGCAAAUCCAAGAAAAGGAUCCCAAAUUUCAAGUAUGUGUAUAUGAAAACUUAAUGUCUACAUGUUAUUUGUGUAGAUUUAUCGGGAGAAACAUGGAGUCAUACUGAACUCUAGAAGUGCUCAGUUUUAAUUGCAGGGGAUUCGUGUUUUUCUUGAUUUCCCACCACAAGAACACACACAUACUGUUUGAAAUAUUUUAUAAAUUCAUUUACAGUAUAUCAAAAGUAUAUAUUUAGCCAACCCAUAGAAAUAUAGAAUAACCGAUAAAUACUACUGUUCGUAGUGCUGCUUAAUAAAGAGGUUUGUCAUGUUUAUAAAUAGUCCUUCACAAUUGUGUGUUACAUCUUGAAAAUGUUGUUUUCUUCUCUAAUAAGCUAAUUGCUCCUUGGGAUUUUUGAAUUACUACUCAGGCAAGAUAACUAAAUGGAGGUCACCAGUAAAAAUGACACUAAUCAUUAUCUGCAGGGCCUUUAAUCUUUAAAACACUGUUCUUAUAUCAUUACAAUGACCUUUCCAAUCAGUAAUGAUUAUGAUCACAUUUUAAAGAUGUGGAAAUAAAAGAAAAAACGUUAAGUAACUUGUGAGAGACCACAAAGGUAGAAAUAUCCAGUUCAGAAAUAAAAGUGAAUUCUUGACUUUUGUCCUAAAACUUCUAAUACUCUGCCAUACAAGGUCUUCAUUGUCAUUGAUAGGCAAUAACAUCUACCGAGAUUUUCAAUUAUUGCUAAACAAAUUUUUGUUACUGUUAGUACAGGAUUUGAGCAAAUAGUGUUGUGGUUUACUUGCAAAAUGAGAAUUCAUUUUCAAACACUAUUUAUUUAUGGAACUGUGCUGUGGUAACUGCAAUUAGAUUUUAUUUAAUUUUCUGUCACUUGGCCUUGGCCACAUAGGUAUAGUACCUCUUUUGCCCUUCUUUGACUGAGUGUGGAAAAACACCUAAUGAUCACAUGCCACAGACUGGAUUUUUGUGAUUGGUUUUGCUGACACAGUCAUUACACUCAAAAUUUCAAAUUCUUGAUAUUGGGCUUCACAUAUUCAAGUUGUCCAUAGACUUUUAAGGACAAAAUAGCAUGAAUUUUAGUAAAUAAGUUAAUAAUUCACAAUAUAUUAGUUCUUCAUUUUAAUUUUUUUGGCUUUCAGUAGUCUACGGUAAAACCUGAAACUUUUCAAAUAAAUGUCUAAAAUUAAAAUUCGUCACAUCCUCUUUCUAUAAUAACUAGAUAUGUUUGUUGAUUUUUUUAGUGACAAACUUUUCAAAUGAGACACGUUUUUUAAUGAUUGAUUAACCUGGGACCUGUAACAAAAGGUUAUUUGAAGUCAUAUUUAAAGCAUAUAUUUAAAGCAUGUACUGAAUCUACUACUACUAGCAUUGCUCUCCAGUAAUUCAGUCAUAUUAUUCUAAAUUACCUUUGGCAUUGAGGAAGCAGAUGUACAGUGUUCAUUAUACUGCCACAAAGAAUUCAUUUUGCUGUAAGUAUCUCUCUUGCCUGCUCUUUUUAUGAAUUAGUUGUAAGAUUCAUAUUUCCUUCUAAUGGAAAUUGCUAGAAAAGAAACAUGGUAUUAGAAGGCACCUCAGUUGAGAAAACCUGUUUCUGAAAGCAAAGUACAGUUUUUGAUUGGCUUGUGAAUGAACAGCAUGAAUGAAUUGAUUCUGCAAGUUGUCAGACACUUAUCUCUAACUAAAGUCAACAAAAAUUGAGUCAUUUCAGCAAAGAAGGUGUUCAACUGACAGCAAGACUGGGGCCCUUGGCAUGGAGAGGUCCCACUUGAGCUCUAUUGAGCAGAAGGCAGAUGUUGCUCUCCUAAAUGCUUUGACUUCAUGCUCCCUGUUGUUAUUUCAGCCCAGUUUCACAGGGGUCAGUGUAUGGUCCUGUUGCACCUUGGGCACCAGUACCAGGUUAUGGUGCUGAGGUGGAGCAGCUGCCAGAGCUGCCCGUGAAGAUGAGCUUUGUUACGUGAUUUUCUUUGCUCAGUUUCACCGUGGCAGCUGGUGUAGGGGUGUGUUUCCCUUUGGGACAGUUUGCAGGGUUUCUGAUGUAACAACUUCUACACAAAGAGGAUGCAAAGUCCUCCUCUGUGGUAGCCUCCUGGCCUCCCUCUACCGGGCUGUACAAGCUUCUCUAAGACUGCAGCAGUCCCACAAACUGGUAAGGCAGCUUAGCUAGAGAUGUGCAGCUGAUAGCUCCUUUCCCUGUUGACUUUUUGACUCCUCUGAAGCUGUGUUUCAAAUGUCAUUUGAAAGAUGUUCAGGCUCCCCCAAUCCUCCUCCUCCCUUCUGACUCUGCAUUGAUUGUGCUGUUUCCAGAAGAGCUAAGGUCCAGCCUGAAAGGUCGUUCCUAUUUUCAGUCAUUGUCUUUUGGACAUCCCAGGAGUAUAGCUCAUAAGAUCAAACUGAAACACAAUUUUUUUUUUUUUGUCCAAUCCAUUAUGUCUAAGGAUGUGUGAAAUGGAACCCUGAGACAAAGCAGCUUGCUUUUCCCUGGCCAAUAAAAUACUAGUGUAUUUACACCUACUAGCCUGUCCCAGCACCUUUUGCCUCCACUCUAGACACUAAAUCCUAUCUCUGACAUCCAUUAGGAGCAGUGUGCUGGAGGCCCUGUCCUUGUCUUUACUCUUUAAGUUUCAUGCUUCGUAACUGACAAUCACUGCUUGAUGCAAACGUUGCACUCUAUGCCACUCAGGGAUGUUUCAUUACUGAAAAUAACUAUAAAUAUAACAGUGAUCAUACGGAAGAGAAUGUUAGAGGCUUUGAAGGACGUGGUUUGAGCUGCUCAAGUGAACGUGACCCAGACAAGGCUUUCAAGCCAAUGAUUAGAAAUAACAUUGGUGUAAACUGAAUUCACUGUCAGCAUUUCCUCAGCUGGAUCUGUCAGACUUUGCCUGUUGUUUCACAGUCAGCAGAGUCUACUGACCCAUCGGCUCCUGAUGUUAAGGUCCUUUUGGGAACAAAGUGUAAGCAAGCUUUGUAUGGAUUACUGAAUUUAGACAAGUGACAAAGUUGCAAACUACUCAGUUUAUGUACCAUUAAUGUGAGCUCAUAUUCAGACUUGCUGCAGGUGUGUAAGAGGAAAGGUUAAGACAUGGAAUAAAUACGUCAGCAAUGCUAAGAGCGCUGAGCUAGGACAUGGAGAAGUGACUGUGAAGAACAAGUAGACAUGAGCAAGUGGCUAACAGCUACCAUUUUCUCUCAGGGAUGCACAAAAUCACAGCUAGCCCAUGACUCUGUAGAAAUACUUCUCCAUGGUAUGAUUAGUUCCUUUCUCACAUCAAGAAAACAUUACCCCGUUUUAUAUUAUGCUAGUGAAAAGUACUCCCACCUCCUAGAGUUUUGAAAUGUGCUUAUCCCUAGCUUUACACCACAGGUUUUCUGUCAUUACAAGAACGCACACAGAAGGAUAAAUUGCAAUGGAUUACAUUGCCAGUCAUUAAGCUAAUUCCAUGUCUUCAACCAAGAGGUUUUCCUCAGCUCUGAAUAUGAUCAUUGCUCCCGUUAUCACAGUGAGUAUGUGUGGCUUUUGAGUCCUUCCAUCCUUUGAACCCUCUCCACCUUGAAGACCGAUGGACACUUCAGGAGUUAAGAGGCCAGCAUCCCUAUGCAUCAGGAUCUUCACCAUCAUAUUCUUUGCCAAGCAUCCCAUUGCAAUUUUUUUUUAAUCCUUCAUGUUGCUAGAAGCCAUGCCCAAGUGACUGAAGUUCUUGUUAGCAUGAUAGCUUCCCAUUAAAAGGUUCAGUCUUUUAGUCAGAGGAUCUGGCCUCUCUUUCCUUUUCCUUUCACUCCUAGCUCCUAGUGAACAAGGCUUGGAGUAGUAAAUGACUCAUCUCCAUUCUUUCUCAAAGUUGAUCAGUACUUGCAACCUGCAAGGAAAGCUCCACCCAGGUGGUAGAAAGCAAGCUCCUUCCUCCUUUCCCUUCAUGUUCUCCCUUAGCUGUGCUGUCCCUGCAUGCAUCGUCCCUGCACGUGUUGUCCCUGCACGGCUGUGUGACAAUGACCCCAACACCCAGUAAGUUAUCAUCCCAGAAGCUGUUUUUGCAGCUCUGAAAGCCACUUGUGCUUGCAGUCUGCAGGCAAGAGACAUUGUGAAAAGAAGCGGCCUAAAACUUCCACAGAGGUAGCUCACAGAUCAGUAACUCUCCUAAAAAGGCAGGCUGAACAUCCUCUGGGAAAGCAGAAGUAUUUCCUGGGUGUUACUGCAGGCAGUGAGGGUAAUACUGCUCACAGUGAGUUCAGUGACAUGAUAUACUACAUUUGCAUAAUUUCAUCAUCCUCACAGUUCAGGCACAGCACAUAGGGAAAGUGAAAGAAAACAGCGUUGGAUAUAGCAGCAAUAAGUAAAUUGUAAUUGUUUCUUUGUAACUGUACUUGCAGAAAUUGUUUGCUUUGCAUGUGGUCUUCUGUACAAUAACAUAAAGAAAAAAUUCAACUAAUGUAGAUAUCAUGGUGAUUUUGCAUAUUUUUUUGAUUUGUUGGAUAUAGCUGCUAAUUUAUGAAUGAAGACACUGCUGUUGAGAAAUUUUUUUCAGCUUCAAGAAAAUGCUGAGGUCCUUGUUUAUGACUAUACAUGGACAGCAGUAAAGUAUGCUCAAUAUAAGACUCUGUCUAGAGAGAAUUUUAAAAAAUGGCUCCUAGUUUUCAAUAUUAGGAACACAUUUGCCCCUUAUUUGGGCAACAGGAAUGCAACUGCAUUGAAACACAAGCAGGAGUAGAUGGUUAACCACCAAGAACAGGAAAGAACAGGAAAGAACAGGCUUUACCUUGACAACUGCUUAACUGCUUUGGAUAAAACCAGCUUAUUUGAAGAAAAAAAAAAAAAAAAAGCACUUAUACUUGUCUUGAUUAGACACGCAGCUUAAUUAAGUCAAAGUAACUACAUUAGGCUGUUGACUUUGGGGAUUCAGAUUCAGAUGCACUACAUUUGUGGUUUUUUUAAUGUGUCACUUCAAUGUCAGAAUCAGGCAAAAAAGUUGUUUUGUUGUUAGUAAAAAAAGCUAAUAAUCAUUUAACCCUACGGAGUGUGGACCACACAUUCUCAUGCAGUAUAUGGGGAUUUAUUCGUGCACUUAUUUUUUAAAAAGCCACUGAGUAGCAUAGCCAGUGAACUAGCCAUGAUAGUCUUUGCCUCUUGUGUGACUGCCAUGUGACCUCUAGUACACGUUUGGAGCGGCUCUGUGAUUGUACUUGUGGCAACAAAUAAAGCACAACUGAACUCUAAGCUGUUAUCAACACUCAGCUAAAUCGAAUACAUUGGGUAUUUUGAGAUUUAUGCUAAUCGCUAUAAUUCCCAUGUCAAAUUAAUUACUUCAGUUGUAAUGAAUGGACAAUAUAAAGAACAUAGGAAUCAUAACAGCAACAAAAUCCCUUAUUUUACAGCUGCACUCUCUGCCUCAUUUGAUUAACACUAAAGAAGUUACUUAAAAACUAAACAAACAAAACAAGAAGAAAGAAACCUGAGUAUGUAUUGUAGAAAUGUAGAAGACAAAUAAAAUAUUUUUUCAUAUGUAAUUACUUUUAAUAUAUGCUUGUGGAAGGUCCAAUACUAUGUAUGCUGUCUCUGUAAUUUUUGCUGUAAAUAACUCGGGACAGUGAAUACACUGAUUUUUUCUAUGUCUCUGUUUAAACAUAAGACUUUGUAAUGUUGGAUUUUUUUUAAAGAGGACAAACAUCAAAGAGCAAAUUAUGUACUUGCUUCCUGUAAGUGUAAUGUACUCUUCAGUUUUUAUGGAAACUGAUUGUAAUAGAUAAAGCCUUUUGACCAGCCGUUGAUAUUUAGUGCAUGCUUCUGUUCAUAAUUCGGAAAAAAGUGUUGGAUUGUCAGAGAAAUGUGAUCCCAGGAAAUCUGUACAGUGAGUACUAUAAUAAUUCCUGCAGACUGCAUUUGACUGAUUUCAAGAAAAGCUGUUCAAGGAAAUAAUGCUUCCUUAUAGCAUAUGGCUUUUAUGAAUCCUUCUGACAUUACUUAUAUUAAUAGAAACAUUUCUCUCUUUCCAAUGAGCAAAAUAUUUUUGUAUGCCUUUAAUUUCUUAUUCAGAUUUGAGGUCAGGUCACUCAUUAGCUGUAAUCUGAAGCCAUAACUGAUCUUCACCAAAUGCACAUUUUAAAGAUCAUAAUGGAAAAAAGAAACUAUGUCCAGUUUAUCAACAGCUAUAAUGUAAUACAGGCAGGAGCAUAAAUAAUUAGCAAAGUACUUAGAUGCUGUUCUGGCAUCCAAAUGUGACUUUAAUGGCUAGUAUUUUGUGAUUACCAAUUUAUAAAAAAAUAAAAACAUAAUUAAGAUAGAUAUUUAGAUUUAAAUGAAGCUUUCUAAUAUUUUUGGAAUAUCCCUGAAAAUGCUUUUAGGAUUAUGAGAAGAAAUGAUUUUUCAUAUACUUCCCACUUUCAAAUAUCUAAUGUUUUUAUCCUAUUUCCAGUUCAUUUUGUUAGAGUGAAAUGAGAUGUUAAGGAUCCAGAAUCCAAGCCCUGAGCUAUUUGGUGCUUGGCUGUAGUUAUAUUGUUGUAAAUCAAUUUAAUUUUAAUUUUAGGGGUGUGUUGUUUUUUAUUUGGUAAGCAUGUUUACCACUGUUGGUAACACACAAGAGUUGCAUUGCCUGUCAAGAAGUAUGAUAAUAAACAAUCUAAUAAAAAAAUGAGUAACACUCAAAAUUAAUCACUCUCAAAAGACAAAUAAAAGUUCCUUUCUAAAAUCAAAUGCCUCAUAGAGUCAACAGUGAUUUUAUUUUAUUAUUUUUUAAUGAUCUUAAUUGUGUUAUAACUGUCAUGUAUCUUAACUGGCUUGUAGAUGCAAAAGCAGAACUGCAAGUGAAUCAUGAUGUACUGGGUAAAAAUCUGGCUCCAUUGAAACCAGCAGCAAACACUUCACUGGUUUCAACAGUGUCAGGAGUUCAUCCAGCAUUUUUACAUCUGCAAUUCUCUUCUGAUCUUGCUCCCUUGUUUAAUAUAAUUGACCUAAUUUAUGUGUAUGUGAGUAAAAAGACAGCCUGAUUCAUUUAGAAAGUGACCAUUGAGGGUUUUUUUUAUCAUGAAUCUUGUAGGACCAGCAUCCAUGUCAAAUGAAAAGGUUCUAUAUUACUUUAGAAUGUAAUAGAUCUUUGUCUUAUUUUAUGACCUGUAAAUUAUUAGUUAAACACUGUUAGCAUUUAUAUAAUAAUAAUGCACACAUGAUUUUUGAAUGUUUUCUGUAAAUGACAAUCAGUGUUGAUGAAGUUCCUUUCUUUAAUGCAAAAUUAAAAAAAAAAAAAGAAAGAAAA